UCUCAACUAUGAAUGAUUGGGAAAGUAACAACAGGCUUAAAGCCCAAAACUGUUCCUUUCCCAAAUUUGAAUAGAAAUUGACUAAAAUAAAAUUUAAGUAGGUUUGAAUUUAUUUCUUGUGCAGGCCAAGUAUAAUAAGUUUUCUGUGGCAUGGCAUACUUUAGCUAUCUUUCCUCUAUUAAAUUAAAUUUAUUAAAAUAAUAUUGACUAAAAUAAAAUUUUAGUAGGUUUGAAUUUAUUUCUUGUGCAGGCCAAGUAUAAUAAGUUUUCUGUGGCAUAGCAUACGUUAGCUAUCUUUCCUCUAUGAUACUAAUCAAUAACGAUUGAUUCUAUGAAAAAUAAAAAGAUCAAAUCAAAUUGAGAGGGAACGUGUUUUGCUCUGACAAAUGUCUAAUUAGCUAAUUGAAUACAACUGAGAAACACAUUCUUUUUCAGUCCGAUAACUCACUACCCAUAGUUUGAUCAAUAGUGCUGAUACCUUUCAGUACGGUACUGUAAGGGGAGAUGCAAGCAAAUCAACAGAGACACGAGGUUGUGUGUAACAACCGAAUGACUCAUGUGUCUACCGUAAGUCAUACAUUCAUUCUCUCACUGAACUCACUCACUUAUAAGUUGAAAUGGAUCAUCUGAACUCCGAUCUUAGCGCCGAGUUUAGCAGUCUAUCAUUUGAUGAGGAAGAACAAGAGGUAUCUCAUGGAAUAGACAUAUUGGACAGAUUCGACUCGGAUGAUCUGAUGGAGUUGAGAAAAGUUUUCUUCGAUGAAAAGCUAAUGAGCAAGGUGGAGGGGAGGCAGGUUUACAGCGGACUCCCUCUCAAUAAAAUGGAAUUUGUCAAAGCAGUUGAUAGGAUUAUAGGGAGCUCAACAUAUUCGGUAGCAGCGUCGAAUCUAUUCGACCAGAUUUCAAGAAAGAACAAAAGCUCAGAGAAAGACGUGAUUUGGUGGGAACAAAUACUGGAUGCUGUAAUAGACAAGAUUCAAGCUCAAGACUCGGAUAACCAGUGUUUGAGAGUUGUCGAUGAAACUGCACUGAAGGUUCACGCCAUUACUCAUUGCAAGAGGGAAAACAUUGUAAAGCUGGUACCAUUGGACACGGACACUUCAUUUUGCUACGUGGCAGUUUCGAAGUACGGUCAGGUGGGCGUCUAUGACGGCGAAAUCAACCUGCUGGAGAGCUACAGGGUAUUCCUGGGAUCUCAGACUGAAGAGACUAGUAGAUCGACGUGCACCUGGGUGAAUGAUGCGAUUGCCUUGCCAGAUGCCACUGCCAUACUGUUGGCCGUAUCAGACCGGUCUCUGCACUUCCUCACUGCUGCUGGGCUGGCGCACACCCCUAUGUUCCUCAUAUCAGGAAUACCGAAUUCGCCGCAGUGCUUGAGCUAUCAUGCAGGGGAGCCUUCGCUGCUGUUUUUCGGAGAUGAUCGCGGUGAUAUCACGCUGAUGCGUUUUCAUCAGCCGGCAAUCUCUCUGUUCAGGCGAACCUCCACCGAUAGAAGUAACAGCUACUUUUGGAGGGAACUGGAGGGACAAGAUCCAUGGGUAACGGUGAGUGUGGACCACAAUGUCCAUGGAGAUGCAGUACGUGAGAUCAAGUACAUUCCAGACAAUGGCACAAUAGUGAGCUGCAGCAGUGACCCCAAUGCAAGUGUUGUCAUUCGCUAUUUGAGUGGCAAACGUGUGCCUUACAUCUUCAAAAUGACAAGGGGAGUGCGGUGUUUCCACUUGGACAGAGGUUUGAAGCUGCUAGUGACUGGGAGCACUGAUAACGUUGUUCGCAUAUGGAAUCCAGUUGUCAAUCGAAUGCCUAUAGCUGUUUUGUAUGGGCACAAAACUUCUAUCGUUGAUGUCAGGAUUUUGAGGCAGUACAAUGCAGCUCUCAGUAUCUCAGUGGAUGGAGUGUUGAAAGUGUGGGAUAUUGAGGAUAACUGUUGCCUUCAAACUAUAGGGCUUGACAUUCCAGUAUUCUCAAUAGUGGGCAAAAUGAUAGAGUUUGGUUUGAAGACAAUUUAUCCGGGUCCAUCGUCAGCCAAACCUCCACUGGCUCGUCAGCCCAAGUCGUCCAAGAAGUCAUCCUUGAAGCAGUCUCAUCCUGCGUCCUUACUUUCCACUGCAUCAGUCACCACCAAACCAAGCUAUACAACCACAGUAGGCAGUGAGUGGCUGCGCCCUCAAAUAGUGGUUGUCUGCUGCAAUUACGCGGUUACGCUACCGCUGACGCGACACGCGAUCGCUGAGUGUCUGCCGCCCCCGCUGCGUGAAAAGGAGCCGCUGGUGCCUUCACCCUGGCUCAGAGCGGAUGCGCGCACCGCACAAAUUGUCACACCUCAAGAGCCGCCUGAUACAUCCAAAUUAUCUUCUCUUUCGGAAGAUCGAGACUUAUCUGAGGUCAUUUCUCCAAGAGCACUGAAAUUCAUCAGACAUGGACCUUCAGAUUACAAACCGAAAUUCAGAUCACUUUUGAGUCCUGCGUACGGGCUCUAUCAAUCCCGAACUCAGCAACAAGUGCAGGAUGAUGAUAAACAUAUGGCAAGCAUGGUGGAACAAUGCGCUCCUCAUUUGGCACUGAAACUUUAUCACCCCGAAGAAAUAAAAUUCUCGCAGCCUCUUCCCGUCACACGCCGUAUGAAAAGUUUCGACCUUUCUUCGCCGCAGAAACUGAUGAGAGUGAAAUUGAAAUCUGAUACAUCAAGCUCUAUUCAAGGAUCCUGUAACGGCAGCACUUUGCAUUCUAUCAAUAGUCGCACUGACACCAACACCAAUACUAAUUGCAAGUGAUAAACUUCACUGCAUUCAAACAUCUUAUGAAUUUGCCCUCUGUAAGCUGUCCUUCUGAUGUUGAUUGCAGAGACAAAUAAACAAUAUUUUCAGUCUAUGGUGAUUGUCAUAUUCUAUAUGUUUCAUAUUUUAUAUUAUAAAUUGUAAAAAAAAUAGAAUAGAAUGAAAAGUAAAAUAGAAUUGAAGUUUGUAUUAUAAAAAAAUUGUCAAGUGUUAAGAGUUCCAGUAAGUUUUCUACAGUUUUGCAUUGAACAGUAGUUUUGGAAUUAAAAUUCAAUGAUAGUUGUCAUGUAAGUUCCAGUGUUGUAGUAUUGUUCAUUUUAUAAGAGAAUUCCUAAACUAUAUUAGAUGAUAGUUUCCAUCCCGAACUGCGAUUUAUUAACACACUGUUUUAAUGUUUAAUACAACGACGUGUAGACCAUUAUUUGAGUAGGCUAAUCCAGACAGUAAGUAAACAAAAUUGGUUAUUCACCCAAAUAAUUGACUACAUGUCAUUAUAUA